UUGGCAGGCGGGAAGGAGGAGAAGAACAAGGAGAUGCCGGCCAGGACUGCAAAGGCAGUGGUGGAGAAGUCGAGCAGCCUGUGGGGCAUCUCACAGUGCUGGCGUGGCGUGGUGCAGCAGCAGGUGCAGCGGUUCCUGGAGGUGGCAGGGCAGGCGCCGGACCUUGUGGAGCGAUACUGUGGGCUGUACCAGCGGCUGCGUGGCGCCACGGAGGAGCUCUUUGGGCAGCAGGCCGCCUUUGUGCUGGCCCUGGGCCAGGGCUUUGCGGGCGCUUUGCUGCAGCUCUCCUUCCUUACCACCCUGCACGUCAGUGAACAGUUUGCCCGCUACCUUGAUGGGCAGAUCCAGGAGCUCCACGGGGCUGUGGGCAGCACGGGGCUGCUGCAGCGGAUCCUGGAGCCCUUCAUCGUCUUCAGUGGCCUGGAGUUCGCCCACACCUUUGAGCACUUCUACCGGUGAGGGGUGCCGUGUCUGCACGGGAGCAGAGGGCCUGGUGUGGCGUGGCAGGGGAGGCGCAGGUGUCAGCAAGGCUGUGCCUGAGCCUGGCCUUGCGUGGCAGG